AUGAUAUCACAUAGAUAUUGUGUAUUGAACCUUGGACUUCAAAAGAAGAAGACAAAGAUUAUUAAGAAGACAUUGAAUCCAAAGUGGGGAGAGACAUUCUUGAUGCGUGUGUCACCUGUGGAUCAGAGACUGCAUGUUGUAUUGUCUGAUUGGGAUGCAAUGUCAUCGGAUGACUUCCUCGGUGAGGUCUAUAUCGACUUGGACGACCUGUCCGACCAGGCCACAUGGUAUCCACUGCAGCCGCGUCCAACACAUCCCGACGACUUUGUCAAGGGCGACGUGCUGAUCAAGGCGCGCAUCGUCAACGCUUCGAAUGUCGUGCGUGACAAGAUCGCCCCCACCAUGCUCACAGAGGUCAACAACAGAGUGACGGCGUACGAGGAGAAUGGCGAGCUGCUCGAUCUCACGGGCAUUGGCCUCGAGACAUUCCCCGAGUUCCUCCAGGAGCAUGUGCCAAACCUGGUCAACCUCGACCUUGGUUUCAACCAGUUCAAGAUGUUCCCAAUGCUCAAGCCCUUUGGCAACCUACAGAGUCUGUCACUGAGUGGCAAUGCCAUCAUGACCAUCCCAGGCGAGCUAAUCACACUCCCAUCUCUCAAGACACUAACCAUCAAUGGUAAUCAAUUGAUUGCACUACCUACGCAUAUACUGACGAACUGGACCUGCCCCCGCGUGAACCAACCAACAAACAAACAGUCAGAGAUUGGUAGACUUACCAACUUGGAGAAGUUGGACAUUGCCAACAACAAGAUAUCAAUACUGUGCGAUGAGAUUGGCAAUCUGACUAGACUGGAGGAGUUGAUCAUCUCUGGUAACCCAUUGCAGGCUUUGCCAACAUCGUUCACUGGACUCAACUCACUCGAGGUCCUUGAUGCCAACGGAUGUCAGCUCGUCAAGCUGCCCGAGGAAUUCCCUCAGAUGACCAGAUUGUUGGAGUUGAACCUUGGUAAUAACAAGCUUGUAGAGUUACCAAACCUCAUUGGAAGAAUGACAAGACUUGUAGUGUUGAAUAUAAUGGACAACAAGUUGGCAGACUUGCCAUUGUCGAUUGGUCAUUGUUAUGGUCUGGGCAAGAUUGGAGCAGGUAUCAACAUUGAAGGAAACCCAAUCGUCUCUGAUGAGAUCAUGUCUAAGUACAAGAUUGGAAAUGAUCAUCUAAUGGACUUCCUCGAGAAGAGAAUGACGAUGCAAGGAUAUAAGUUACCGGAUCAACCUAAACAGAUAUCUUCAUAUAAGAACUUGGCUAAUGCACUGCCAGCAGCUGGAACUAAUGUACCACCAGGUGUAUCGAAGCAGGCAGCAGAGCAAGCGAGACAGGCUCAGCAAUAUCUUCAGCAGCAACAACAACAGCCAACACAGCCAGCGAGGCCACAACCAACACCAGCCGAGCAGCAGGCCGCUGCCGCCCAGCAGGACCUCAUCACCAAGACCAUCGCGCUCAAGAACUGGUCUGUUGCCACGAUCAGAGGUGAACUGAGACCAAAGAUUGGCAAGAUCAAGACUCAAAUCCUCCGUUGUGUAAAUAUUCAGGAGGGUAUAUCCAUCGCUAACAUGAUGAAGACUAUGAAGCCUGAGGUUGACAACAUCAAGAAGUUGAUCGCAAAGACAUCACCACCACCAGGUGUUCCACCAUCAGGUACAGCUGGAAAGAUACAUUCUGGCAAUGACAAACUGGAGACAUUGAAGGAUUUGGUUGUGGCAUCAAUCGACGACACAGACAUUGUUCUCGACCAUCUUUACCAAUUGAUGCCCAACACAUCUGAGCCACCCUUAGUCGUCAGUCUCGUACAGGCACUAAAGAAGAUCAAAGAGUGCUUGCCAUAA